GGGGCAGUGGUGGCCACCGGCAAGGGGACUGUGCAAGUCAUUGUGUUUUUUGCUGUGAUACUACACAAGUUCCAGACAGAUCCAUGAAGCGUCUCAGACCCAGCGGGGAUGAGGAAACACCCCUUCAGAACGUUACCCCAGACCACAGCAGUAAAGGCCGAGAGCACAGCAAUGGGACGUCCGCUGUCGGGUCGGCGGACCUGCAAGACGGCGACGGCGACAACGACACGGGCCUGAGGAGGGAAAUAAGGAGCAAGUACAGAGACCUCAUCGAUACAGUCCAACGAAACAGAGAAGACAUACUGAGCCCCUCCAACAAUAAACUCACAGAGGUUUUGGAAGAGGCUGACAGACUUUUUCAAAAUGUUAAGCAGACGAGGGAAGCAGCGCUGGAUGCUAAACUCCUUGUUAUGGCCUCAGACCUGGGGAAGGACAAGGCCAGCCAGCUGGUAGCCGAGGGCAGUGCUUUCGACACCACUGUUUUUGCUGAGCAUCUGCUGUCCUUUAUGGGUCUCAAUCGGCUGGAAAAUGUGGAAGAGGGGCAAGGAAGAGAUCAAGUGGAUGGUUAUCUCCCCAGCGAUGCCUGGCACAGAUUGGCCCAGAGAGCAGAGGAAUGUUUUAGGACGGCGCCCACUUUCCACUACAUGAUGGGUUCUUUCCAUGCUGAGCCACCCCCUCCGAAGCAAAGGACAGAACGACAAAGGAAGGCACCCAGCAAAGAAGCCAAAAGAAUCAUGCCCACUCAGCUGAAAAAAAUGGAAGAGUCCCAUCAAGAGGCCACAGAGAAAGAGGUGGAAAGGAUCCUAGCCUGCUUGAAGAGUUACCAACAAGAUGAUCCAUUGUCGCCGAUAUCAUAUUACGAGUUUGUUAUUGACCCCAACUCGUUUUCACGGACAGUAGAAAACAUUUUCCACACGUCUUUUCUUGUCAGGGACGGUUUGGCACGACUAUGCCUGGAUAAUGACAAGUUGCCUUGUAUAGCUCCUGUGGAGGAGGGGGAGAUGGAAACUGGAGGAUCGGUCAGCCAAAAUCAGUGCGUUAUUUCUAUCCGCCCAAAGACAUGGAAGGAGCUUGUCGACGCCUUCGACAUCACAGACGCUAUGAUUCCGCCUCAAAACACGCAGCCUCAGUGAUCGGCCCAACGUCUUUUAUGAGGAGGUCAACAUUGUUUUAAGGUGUCUUACUUUUUUUUGUGAAUAGCAACAUUUUAAAGUGUGUUACACAGUUCUUUUAAUGUUUUUAAUUAUUUUUUUAUGGUUUUCAUUAAUAAAACAGAAGUAAAAUAACACUGACUUGGUUUUGAUUUA